AUGCUGUUGCUGCUUCUUUUAGUGGCCGGACGGCGCUCCAAGCAGCAGCUGAAGGAGGCCAUCUCGAGGUGGUCGAGAAGCUCCUCGCAGCGGGAGCCGACGUUAAUGCUGCUGCUGCUUCUUUUAGUGGCCGGACGGCGCUGCAAGCAGCAGCUGGACAAGGCUAUCUCGAGGUGGUCGAGAAGCUCCUCGCAGCGGGAGCCGACGAUAAUGCUACUGCUUAUAAAGGCCGGACGGCGCUCCAAGCAGCAGCUAAAGGAGGCCAUCUCGAAGUGGUCGAGAAGCUGCUCGUAG